AUGCACCAAUUACAUGGAUUAUUCAGUCAUUCGCCCUUAACCGCCACGGAUUGUUCAGAGCUUAUCCAAGUGGACAAAAAUCGAGGUACUGUUGGAUCUAUUGAACGAACAGCAGCUCAGGCAACAACCGCACAUGCAUCUUGGCAGGAAAUGAACGAAUCGACUGCCUCUGGGGCUUCUGAUGCCUCCGGACUCCGUCCUUGUGUAGAGCUCCCAUGUUUUCCAGUUGGCUCGACAUUUCCGCCCAUUUCUACAGGCCUCGAACCAGCUAUUCCCAUCGGGCAAUAUAAACGUAAACUAGAUAGUGAGGUACCUGGUGCCUCGCUAUAUCCGACGGAUUCCAGUGAAGCAGGUGAAGAGCCAUCUUCCGGAGCGUUUAUAACGCCUGGUGGUAAUGGUGCGACCACUUGGCCCCGCAGAACUAAUGAGCCACAGGAUAAGUUAAACGCGGUAAGCUUUAGAUCGAACAUUUGCUUUCUUUCUUACUCUCCUUUUCUUUAUCUCUUUAUUAAGAAUCUGAUUUAUUUUAGGUCGCCUAAAGUGCUUUAA